AAUUGACUUAACCUGAGUUAAGAAAGGUUAAACAAAGUUAGGCGAGAUUUAGGCCUGUAAGUUCUUUUCGCUAUAAAAGGAUAGCUUCGCCAGAGCUCUCUUUGACUCGUAUCUUUUAUUUUCUUUCUUGAUUUCUUGAUUCUUAGACAGAGAAACAAACAGCGCCAUUUACUCCGAUAAACAGAGAGAGGAAAAGGAAGAAGCAACAAUGGCGGUUUCGCUAAGAGUCUUUUGUACAUGUACAUUGAUGCUUCUAGUUCUGUUUGUUAGUGUAAAAGCUGAUACAAAGAAGACCGAUCUGAAAUCGAGAUUAGAAGAAACGCGGCGUUUUCAGAGCUCCAACAACUCAUCAAUGGCGGACGGGUCAGGUGAUGCAUGGAACGAGCAUGCUGUAGAGAAUCCGGAUGAGGUUGCUUCAAUGGUUGAUGAGAGCGUACGCAACAGUACAGCAAGAAGGAAUUUAGGAUUCUUCUCAUGUGUAACAGGCAAUCCUAUUGAUGAUUGUUGGCGAUGCGACCGCAAUUGGCAAAAAAACAGGAAACGCCUUGCUGAUUGUGGGAUUGGUUUUGGACGCAAUGCCAUUGGUGGUCGUGAUGGAAGAUACUAUGUUGUUAAUGACCCUAGCGAUCAUGAUGCUGUUAAUCCAAGACCUGGAACACUACGCCAUGCUGUUAUUCAAGAAAGACCUUUAUGGAUUGUGUUUAAGAGAGAUAUGGUGAUUACUCUAAAGCAAGAACUUAUUAUGAAUAGUUUUAAGACUAUUGAUGCCCGAGGAGUCAACGUUCAUAUUGCCAAUGGCGCUUGCAUUACAAUCCAAUUUGUCACCAAUGUUAUUAUUCAUGGUCUCCACAUCCACGAUUGCAAGCCUACUGGUAAUGCCAUGGUUCGUAGCUCGCCUACUCAUUAUGGAUGGAGAACAAUGGCUGAUGGAGAUGGAAUUUCCAUUUUUGGAUCGAGUCAUAUUUGGAUUGAUCACAAUUCUCUAUCAAAUUGUGCUGAUGGCCUUAUUGAUGCUAUAAUGGGGUCAACUGCCAUUACCAUUUCCAACAACUACUUCACCCACCACAAUGAGGUUAUGUUAUUGGGUCACAGUGACUCCUACACAAGAGAUAAACAAAUGCAAGUAACAAUUGCCUACAACCAUUUUGGAGAGGGUCUUAUCCAGAGAAUGCCAAGGUGUAGGCAUGGGUAUUUCCAUGUGGUGAACAAUGACUAUACACACUGGGAAAUGUAUGCUAUUGGUGGAAGUGCCAAUCCUACCAUUAAUAGCCAGGGGAACAGAUAUCUUGCCCCUAAUAAUGCUUUUGCUAAGGAGGUGACAAAAAGAGUCGAGACAGGAAAUAGUGUGUGGAAACACUGGAAUUGGAGAUCAGAAGGAGACCUAUUAUUAAAUGGAGCCUAUUUUACUCCAUCAGGAGCUGGAGCUGCAGCCAGCUACGCUAGAGCUUCGAGUUUAGGAGCAAAAUCCUCUUCCAUGGUUGGUUCUAUUACUUCAAGUGCUGGUGUUCUGUCCUGCCGUAGAGGCCGCCAAUGUUAAUUCUCAAACCCAUCAACAGGAAAAGAAAAUCUACAACAGUAUCCAGAAAAGUUUGCAGCCAUUCUCUGUUCAAUGCCUACUCCUCUGUAUUUGUCCCCUCCAAAAAAAAAAAAAAAAAAAAAAAAAAA